AUGUUAACAAAUGUGAAACACGUCGUUAAAAUAAUAGAUCCGUUAGCCUGCUACAGAACUCUGACAUUGGAGUUAUUCGAAAAUUUGAGAGAGGUGUCAGACAAACUUUACGUCAAACUUGGAGAAGACGAAUUCAAAUCCAAGGUUAAACCAAGAUCAAAUUUUUUUUCUUUUUUUUGCAAUGAUGAAACAGAUCAAAAAUUAUUCAAAAAAAGGCUGGAAGAAGCAGAACGAGUGGCUGCUAGAGGGAUCAGCUCAAUUCGACAAUGGCUUACUUAUCAUUGUACCGACGAGAAAUUAAUGAAACUAAUGACAAUUACUGAAGCUUUCAGAAAAGGUAGAGAUAAAUGUGGAGAUCCUGACUACCUCAGCAUUUCUAUCAUGCUUUUGGAGACAGCAUGUUAUUCCAGACCUCCAUAUGCCUGGAAAAGCAGUAUUCACGGAUUGCAGGACGAUCUAUUAGACUCGAUAGACCAGUAAUUCGAUGACUUUGUAAUUGAAUCAGCUUAUGAAUAUUUUCAUUUGAAGAAAUAACCCUUCUUCGGAAAUUCCAACAAAUUGUAACAUAAGCAAAACGAAAAAAAAUUGAG